UGUGGGCCUUGGUCGAGCCCAACCGGCUGUCUCGCUCACGCCGUCACGCGUCGCCUCUCCGCAACCCAAACCCCACCCACUCCCCUCACGCAUCCGCCGACCACGAGCGCACCAUGGCGCCGCUGCCGCUGCCGCCGACGCCGACGGAGCUGAUCGACGACGUCACCGCCGAGAUCCUCCUCCGCCUCCCGCCGGAAGAGCCCGAGCACCUCUUCCGCGCCGCCCUCGUCUGCAAGCCGUGGCUCCGCGUCCUCAGCGACCCCGCCUUCCGCCGCCGGUACCGCGUCUUCCACGGAGCCCCUCCCCUCCUCGGCCUCCUCCACAGGCUCCAGGUCCUGCAAGGUCCCCCACCCGUCCGCUUCGCCUCCACCACAUCGAUGCCCGACUUCCCCCACCCGGGCUCCGACGGCGGCCAAACGCUCCCCCUCGACUGCCGCCACGGCCGCGUCCUCGUCCAGAUGUGGGGGGAAGGGGAAGAGAGUCUGGUUUACCUCGUCUGGGACCCCGUCACGGGCGACCGGCACUUGGCGCCUAAACCGGACAUCGAUUGGCUCAUCCACACCGCCGCCGUGUUCUGCACCGCCGUCGGCUGCGAUCAUCUCGACUGCCACGGCGGCCCCUUCCGCGUGCUCUUUAUGGCCACCGACGACCAUGACCUACUGGUUAAGGUGAGCUUGUACUCCUCGGAAACGGGUGUGUGGAGCGCGCCAGCAUCUCUUGGCGAUAGUUGUGAAUGCUAUGUGCAGCAUAUGGAAGAUGCCAUUCAAGAAGACCGCUACCACUUACCUUAUGUCCAGCCUAGGCGAGCUGCCGUUAUCGGAGAUGAAAUCUACUUCACGCUUCGGCGGGGUCAUGCAAUCAUCAAGUACGACGGGUGCAACAACUGCUUAUCCAUGAUUAACCCACCGCCGCACGAUGCAUACGGAAUCGCCCUCAUGGUGAUGGAUGACAGUUCAUUGGGGUUUGUCUGCAUUGAGGGUUCCAGCCUUUAUUUGUGGUCGAGGAAGGUCAGUUCAGAAGGAGCUGCAGAAUGGGUGCAAUGCAGGGUCAUCGAGCUGAAGACAAUUAUACCCGUUGUUGAUCCUGGUGAGGUACCAUUUGUGGUUGGUGCUGCAGAGGGUGUGGGUGCCAUCUUCAUAAGCACAGAUGCUGGCUUAUUCACCAUAGAGAUCAAGUCAGGGCGGGUGAGAAAGGUUGACGAACCUGGAGACUACUUUAGUGUCCUACCCUACAUGAGCUUCUACACUCCAGAUCGUGGCAGAUUGUUGUCGCUAGCGAAGGCUUCUUAUCAGCAAUGAUGCAUUGCAAUCUUGUGUCUGCUGAUGUUGGCUUCUUCGGAGUUACUGCUAUCAGGUUGUUUUGUUUUCAGUCGAGGGGUUUCAGACUGAAGGGUGCAAGUCAUUGUGAUCUGUUGUGGUUCUUUUUCAACUGAUGCUUAUCUUGUUACCAGAAAAUUGUGUUUCCGUUUAAUAUGUUGGUGUUUUUAUCUGUUGAGCAGUUUAACUGCGAGUGGUUCAAGUCAUCAGGUUCAAUUGUUGUUGUCAUGUUGAAUUCGCCCUGAUCAUAUUGGCUACAAACUGUAUUUUUGUUCUGUA